CCAGGACCAGAGAAGGCGCCAUUCUCAUACAUCACUCCCAAAAAUACACGCACUAUACAUGGAUCCGGUCGAGCGGCUGCCGAAUGACAUUAGCAUUGCGAUCUUCCGGCACCUUAGCAUACACGAGCUUGCAGAAUGCAUGCUGGUGUCGAGGAGGUGGUACUAUGCGCUGGAUGGCUGGGCGGUGCUGUGGAAGAACAUUGACAUGGGCUUCCACCACGUGGGCGUGCAGAAGACCAACGCAGAUGGCUCAGAGCGAGAGGAAACAACGGUGAAAAUGCAACUGCUGCAGGACCAGCACCUGAAGGUACUGGCGCGGCGGGCCGGGCCGGCGCUGGCUCGGAUAGCGCUGUUUUUCGCACCGCUUCUGUCGGAUGACGGGCUGCAGACGCUGGCGGUAUUUGGAUGCACCAACAUCAGACACCUGGAGGUGCGGGCAAGCAACCGCAUAAGCAACGCGGUGCUAGGAGCACUGAUUCCAAAGAUUGGAGCGCACCUGGAGGUUGUGGCGCUGAGCACCACGGACAUUGCAGACUAUGCGGUCCAGAGCCUGUGGCUCAGCUCGCCACGGCUCCGGCAGCUGGACCUGAGUCAUUGCCGGUACAUAACCUGCGACGCCUUUCCGGUGGUAGGCGCAGCGGGGAUACGGUUCUGCCACGAAGCAGCGGCGGAUCAGCAGCGCAGGACACUCCCGGGGCUGCAGUCGCUAACCCUCAGAUGCUGCCCGCAGAUUGAUGACCGGAGCGUGCGGCGGAUCACCGCGGCAUUCGGCGGUACGCUGCAGCACAUCGACGUGUCGCUGACACGGACAACGGUUCUGGGGCUAGGGGCGCUGGCGAUGGGGCAGAGAGCAAAGACGGAGCUGCGCGAUGUGGGCAUGCGAGAUAUCGACUUUGGCAUGGCAGCAGGGGCGCGGCGGGAAGCGGGGCUAGAGGGGCGCAGCCUGCUAAUGUUUGCGACUGGGGUUCCCCAGCUCGCGCGGCUGGCGCUCUGCGGCGAAAACGACACAGUCACCGACGAGUUUGUCGCAGCGCUAGCGCGGCAGUGCGCGGGACUGCAGGUGCUGGACAUCCACGACUCGCUGCGCGUAGGCGAUGACGGGCUCCGGGCACUGGCACAACAGUGCAGUGGGUUGCGGGAUCUGAACGUCAGCGGGUGCAUGGAGUGCACCACCAGCGGGGUGAUUGAGCUGGUACGGGGAUGCGUGGAUCUGGAGGAACUGGAUCUUUCGGGGCUGCGCAUCGAGGAUGCAGCGCUGUCAGCGAUUGGAGACCAUCUGCGGCGGCUGUCGCGGCUGUCGCUCGAUCUGUGCUGGCGGAUUACGCAGGCCGGCAUCCGUGCGGUUGUGGAGGGCUCCAACGGGCUGGGGUGCGUGUUCACGCUAACCGAACUCAGCUUCGUCCAGUGCAGCCGCGUGGACGAGAGCGUGGUUGACUGGUGCCGGCAGCGCCUGAAGCCGGAGGCGAUAAUCCGGUGCCGGUUCGGCGAUGUAUAGAAAGCGAAUUCAGACCACUCCCAGCUGUGUAU